AUGUCUGUAGCAGCUAAGAGCGCGGGCCAGUAUCUACACGGUGCCCAGGACCUCAGGCUCGAGACGAGAGACGUCCCCCCAUUGGGGGCCGACGAAGUCCAGAUCGCCAUCCGUUCUACUACUCUUUGCGGCUCCGACCUUCAUUACUAUUCCAGUUUCCGCAAUGGCUCGAUCCUCGUACGAGAGCCGCUGGCCCUCGGACACGAGUCCGCCGGCGAGGUUACCGCCAUAGGCUCGCAGGUGGCUUCCAUAAACCCGGACCUACAUGUUGGCGACAAGGUAGCUGUAGAGUGCGGUGUCGCAUGUGGCGAUUGUGAAUAUUGCAAGUCCCAGACCUACAAUAUCUGUCCAAGCUUGCGGUUUCGAAGCUCCGGCUCCAAGUUCCCUCACUACCAGGGCACGCUGCAAGAACGCAUCAACCACCCUGUGAAGUGGGUGCAUAAGCUGCCGUCCGAGUUGGACUACGAAACCGGAGCUCUACUGGAGCCACUGGCGGUCGCAGCCCACGCGGUGCGGCGGGCAGAGAAGGUCGCUUUACCUACUACACAAGGCACUGCCUUGAUAUUUGGUGCUGGCGCCGUGGGGUUGCUGGUCUCCGUAGCGGCCCAGGUUGCCGGGUACAAGACCAUCAUCAUGGCGGAUAUCGACGAGGGCCGCUUGAAGUUUGCCACGGACAAUGGAUUUGCCACGUUUAAGGUUGCAGUUAAGCCCAGAAGAGGUGCGACGACAGAAGAGAAGUUGGAGAUAGCAAAGGACACGGCAGCCCAGAUUACCGACUUGCACUGGCCUGACGGAAAGCCAGUGGACAGACCAUCCGUUACAUUCGAAUGCACCGGAGCCGAGUCUUGUUUGCAAGCAUCUAUAUAUGCAACCGUCUCCGGAGGUGCGGUAGUAUUAAUCGGCCUAGGCGUGCCAAACCACGUCCUUCCUAUAUCCGAAGCAACGCCCCGCGAAAUCACUUUGAUUCCAAGCUGGCGUUACGCAAACGCAUACCCGAAAGCCAUCGAGAUCGCAGCCGCAUCGGUGAGCGGAUCCCCAGUAGGAGGAGCGAAGCUUCCAGACAUUCGGAAGCUGAUCACUCAUCGGUUCAAUGGAUUGGACACUGUUGAAGAAGCUUUCAAGACAGCUGGCAAAACCACCGAUAGCAAUGGCACAUUGGUUGUCAAGACUACAAUAAAUUUCUAGUAGUUGAUAUUUAUAGUUGAAUAGAGUAAAAAUCCGCGCAUAAGGUUGGCUAUAAAUGUGAAAUUUUUG